AUGCGCCAACGAACUGGCGUGAGGCAGCGGGCGGCCACACCUUUACCUUCGCCAGUGCAUGCAGCCGAGGAUGUGACUGAAAAGCCGAUCGAUGUUCCAGCCGUUCACCUGGCGUCACUGCUAAGAAACAGAAGUAUCAAGGAUUUCUUGGCCAGGCUUGGCUUUGUCGGAAUUUUCGUGACCGAAAACAUCAUGCAUGCCAUCCACUUUGAGUUUGAAGUGGAUCACAUGGUCUCCCCUGCGGUGGCUCCGCUUCCAAGGGAGUUUGCGGUUAGUUUGCAUCUUGUCCACAUUAUCUUUGGACUUUUCGGUGCGGUCUUCGUGCUGAUAUCUGGUUUCGACACUGCCGGCCGGACGGCUCUUACCAAAGGAACAUCGAUGAUGUUAGUUUUCAUGGGCACGAUUACGUGGACGUGGUGGAUAAACCGUCAGGGAGUGUUGUAUUGGAACCUGGAUCCAGUUCCGUUCUGGGACGUGAACUGCUCCGCCGAGAAGCGAAACCGGACGGUUCACAUUCUGAAGAAUGUGUCUAUUGUUGGUGCGCUGACAAUAUUUCAGCAGAUGGCGAAGUACGAAACACAGGACAUGCCCGGGCGUCCAUCGUUCCUGCAAGGCUUGAUUACGGCCUUAAGGCCUUGGAGUUUCGCUGGGAUCAUUGGGCCCUACCUUGUCCUUCUUGCAGCGCUUCGAUGCAUUCACCACAUAGCGCUUCCGGGCUACACGACCGUGUUCGCGCUGGUGGUCUCCUUGCUUGCAGUGCAAGCUACAGCUAAUCUCGUGAACUCGUACAAAGACUUCGAGAAAGGAGUUGACACCGUUGAGACUGCUGGUGACCGAACUCUCGUGGAUGGUUUGGUGUCUCCCGCGACGCUCAAG